AUGAGGAAGAUAGUGCGUUAUGUUUACCAGUACCGGAACGAUUACGACUACUUCUACAAAGCUGAUGAUGAUACUUAUAUGUUUGUGGAGAACCUGGCCGACGAACUGAGCCGAAGAAACCCCGACGAACCAUUCAUGAUGGGACGCCGUUUUCCCGUAAGUCAUUUCAUACUGUAAAUCCUAUUGCAUGGAUAUUGAUUUUAGGCAGAUUCUACUCCUGUUUAAACUAUUUUUUGCAGUUUGCAAAGUUUCGUGUAGCGUAGUCGGUAGUGGGUGUUUACAAUGUUAGAAUUCGGGCUUUAAUUUAAAUGAGGACUAUUAGCAGCAAAGACUAGGAAAACCGGAAUGACCGCUACUGGUUCAUUUACUAGCCAAUCAGGCCAAAACGACAGGCCUGGAAAGCCUUAGUCAUGAACUUGCUAUCGUCGCUUCCUGAGCAUAACACAUUGCCGUUUGGUCAGGAGCUUACAAACUGUAGACUAGACUCUGAAAUCCUUAAGAGCAAUGUGUGAAUGCAGUCAUCCGAUUUAGCGCGAUUGCAGAACGGGUUAUGGAGUUUCGUUUUGCCUUGGAGCUCAUGCCGCCUGCCUGUGUUCGUAUGCAAUUGCCCUUUCAACUGAGAUUCUAAUUACAGUAGAUGGGUUAACUCAUGAAGUGUUAAUCGAAAUUGUGAAAUACGUCAUCGUUUCGAGAAGAUAUCCUUACGUAGGAUUGUAAGAAUACUCACCGUGCAGCAUAAUCCCAUGAUAAUUCAGUUACUUCAGGAUGCCGGCAUUUAAACAAACUUCUUUAUGGCCAUCUGCUAAAUUACACUCUGUAAAAAAUAUUAUUUGUUUAGAAUGAAUUUUUGCCACGGAUUAUCGGUGUCUGUAUAAACGUAAUUAUUCAUAUUGACCCUACUGUGCAAUACUCGGCGCCUCAGUGGGAUUCGAACCCGCACAGUAAGGGAAAGGCCUCUCGUAAAGCCAACUCUCUAACCACUUGGGUUACGAGUCCCCCUCCGGACGACGCGAGUUUAAUCACAUUUGGGUCAAGUUACCCUAGGAAUUACGUAGGCCUGGUAGUCGUCUGGUGGAUUCUAGGUGAAUUACUUAGGAAAUCCUGCCUGGGCAGUCAACUUACUGUAUCAGAUUUGGUGGAUUCCAGACGUUGUAGCAGGUUGGGCGGGUAUCUUGACCCAAAUGUGAUUAAACUCGCGUCAUACAGCGGGGCCUCGUAGCUCCAGGGCAUAGAGCGUUGGCUGUACUAAAGGCCUUCCCCUUACUGCGCGGGUUCGAAUCCCACUGAGGCGCCGAGGUUUUCACAUUUGGGCUAAUAUGAAUUAUUCAAAAUCUGCCAAAACAUAUAAAAAUUUAAUUAUAUUUCAUAGAAGGCGUACGCAAAAAAUGCUCAUUUUUUACUCAUUUGGUAGAAAAUUAAGUCUUCUUUAAACUCGAUACGCGAAGAAAGUGUGUAAUUUGCUUUUGAAAAAGGUUUUUGAUGAUGAGAUAUUUUAAGCCCGUGAAAUGCCCGUUCAUAAAAUAUCGUGUUUCUGCACUACUAACUUUGAUUUUAAAAUUGCCAGUACGGCUCAAAUCUACUACUAACUUUCAAUAACCCCAUAAAGUCUCCUCUUAAUACUGUAUAAACAUUUAUGAUUCUCCGUACACGAAAAAUAUACAGCAUCUAGCUUUGAAACCCUGAAUGCAAAUGUAACAGCAGGUUGAGUUCAAAAUUAUUCGGGGAUUGGGAAAGUUUUUUCAACCGAAUUAUGCCCUUCAAGUAUAAAAUUUAAAUACUAAAUAAGUGGUCAUUUUCGCAUUGUGUAGUUUCGUAGAUGGCCAUAAAGAAGUUCAUUCAAAAGCCGACAUAAUGAAGUGAACGAAUUAUCAUGGCAUUAUGCUGCACGGCGAUAAAUAUGAAUGUGCGUGGGCAGUGCGGACAGUGGAUGAGGCGGGUGUAGACACACACAAACACACAAAAGUUCCACCGUCGGUUUCGACAAUGACCACCGUGUGUUCCACAGCAAGGCGGAGCAGGCACAUUGACUAGCGCGCGAGUUAGUUCAAAGUGAUGGUGGGCUUUCGUUGCAUCUACCUAGACGCUUUCCUCCUCCCUCACAUGAGCUCGGUGUCAAGACUACAACAAAAACCCAACAGGAGCCAGAGCGACGGGGACGACUGAGUAGCCACGCCCAACACCUGUGUGACUAGCGGAAGCGCAAGCUCAUCUAUCGACAAGGAACCAGGUGUCAGCGAUCACUCACUUACAUACUUACUUAAUAUAACUGACAGGGAUUUUGCUGGAUCCACCAGAGGAGAAUCAUAAAUGUACCCCUCAGCAGAGUAUCUUGAUAUUUUGAUUUAAACCCUAAUGCGUUUGUAAAGGAGGCGGUCCCCAUACGCCUGCUGCCACUCACCAUAUGAGCGCAUGCGUGUUGCUUAUCGCAUAAUACCUGACCAGGUCUAUUUACUCCCGUAGAGAAAAAAGAGCUCAACAAUUUCUUAAUUAGUGCUGGAGUUAAUUGAAAUUCCUGUUGUUUCUUACGUACAGCAUAUCGCCUGGCACAGUUAACUUGGUAUAUCGUUUUGGUUGUUCUUCAACUAGACUCAACACGUGGCCUCUACUCAUAACUUUCGCUCGUUCUACUGCGUAUAUCAAUGGUACAGAAGUCAUGUACUGAAAUUUGGGGCUGAUAGUCACACAGGAGCGACACACACCGACCUAUCCUGGACAUGAGACGGAACAUGGUCUGUCAGUUUUACCUUGGGACUGCACGUCAAAGCCACUGGUAGCAUCUGUUCGUAAAAAUCGAGAGUUAUCAUGGUCCUACAUUUAAUGCAUGGGCGUGGUUUGCUAGCAGUCAGCAAGACUACCAUGACUGAAACGUGUGCAUUAGCCAAGGGGUACGGACAAAGGCAAGGGAGGCUAGAGUGGGCAGUUGUGGUUCAUUAGCCGUGGACAGAUAGCCAUACCCAAUCAUUUCUGCGUGACCCUGGAUUCGAGUCCCCUGUUCCUUGUUCUUUGAGCGUUAAGGAGUAUAACGCUGCAUCAUUGAGUCACGAGCUCAGUGAGCUGUCGACUGUAUAAUCAACAACAAUCUACGAUAUUAAUAAAAGUGACUGCAAUUGCUAUUACCUACUUUUAAGGUUUUUAUGUCAAACUUUGUUGUCGUAUUGCUUCAUCAAAUUGUUAUUAAAUCCCAUCUAUUAAACCUGCAACUCGAGUGUUCUUCCGCGGAGAUAGAGUCAAACCAAUAAUAUCACGAGAGCAUAUUUUUCAGGAAAAUUAUUUUAUUGUAGAGAUUCCAAAUAAAUGGCUACUUUUCUGGAGGCGCCGGAUAUGUCCUUUCGCGCGGGGCACUGAAGUUGCUGGUUGAGAAAGCAAUCGACAUACACCCGACCUGUCCAACAUACGAUGAGGAUAAGGAAGAUGUAAAAAUGAGUAAGGCCAAUGCAGUCAUUCUAUUCUCUCAUAGAUAUCCCCUGUUUCCUCUCCAAUGAGUAGUAUAACCUCCCUAGGGGUUAUUUGUGGAGGCCAUAGAAGUUUACGAGUCCUGUUAGGACAUGACUGUUUUUUUAUCAUCUGUCGCUCUAUCUGGGAAUGAAACCUCGGCUGGACACCAUACAGAGUUGAGAACAUAAACGUCUAUUAGCCUGUCAAAAUAAUACAGCGUGUGGUUGGCUCCGUUAAAAAUACGUGCCCAAGAACAGUAGUUGUGUGAGAGUUAGUAAGAAAAAAUGUCAAAUGAGGUUAUGUAACCCCACCUGAAGUAAACAGAUUCUAGUCACCUGUAAUACGGGACCGAUGGUGAUAGGGGUUCACAGUUGGGGUCGGGGAACGCUAAGGCGACGUAAUCAAGUAGUUGUAUGAAAAAGGAAAGCUAUUGUGACUGCGCGGUUGUACUUUGAGUGGUUGAGAUAUAGUUGCCCUAACCCCUAACCACUAAUCCUAAGUUCUAACCCUAACGCCUAACCGUAACACGUAACCAUAAAAUCUAACCCUAACCAGAGCCUCAACAGUAUUGGAUUCACCAGGUGGGGCUACAUAAACAGAUCUUACCGAGGAAAUUUUCCUCGAACCAAACUUAUCCGACCGCUAGCUUUCUGCUUAUCUCUUGUCUUGCGGGAUAUCUAAGACGGUUUGUUUAAUAAUUUCACUCGCAACAUUAACACUUUUCCUCUAGCGGCUAUGAGGCGUUCAUUCACGUCUGCGCUACUUGCCAGUCAACUACUAGGGAAGAAUGUUUUAAGAAACAAACUCUAUGGUCUGUGGCUCAUUCACAAUCGCCUUUUUUCAUCUACAGCAAAAAAGGCAAAGCGUCUCAGUCCUAUCCUCAGCACUUGAAGACUAGUUUCUCCAACAAUCGUCUUCAUACACGAUCACCACACUUCCGACUAGCCAACCCAGUGAGAUCUUGUCUCUGUGAAUCUCGAUUUCUGUUCUAACUGCGGCAAGUUCGCACGCGACAGACUUUCAUGUCCAGGGCGGAGAGGAGGGACCGGAUUCUCCUAAAUAUCGUUGGACAUAUUAUUCUCGCCUUCUGGAUAAUAGGGACAUCUGUUUUCCGGCCCUGAAGAGGACAUUUUACUGGUCUCAUCACUUGGAGUGGUUGUUGAGUUCAGCGUCAAUGAAAUGCGACAACAAGACGGCUAUGAGUUUUAAUGAAGAAACCGCUUUAUCAGAUCUGCCUUAUGUCUGUGUGACGUCUGCAACCGACGCGACGUUGUACUCAAUACAUUACUAAGAAUUCACAGUGCUGUUGUCCUGACGGAGUUCUUAUACGGAGCGGAGACUCGGACUGCCAAUAAGGACGAAGCGUGAAGACCCACUCGUUUUCAUCCCAGCUCUGCCCCGAGAUCCCGAAAGUGAAUUGACAGGAAAGAAAGACGGACAAUAAGAUGUUGGGAAAAACCGUCAUGUUGAGGCAAAUAAAACUGCGCUGGAGUGACCACAUCAUGAGGGUGGAUGACGAGAGCCUGUCCAAUAGGUUAUUUUAUGGAAUUGGCAAAACGAUGAUCCGUCCAACCGUCGACGUCGCAGAUCGCUUUUGUCAGUAGCACGUCGUAGCGGCCACGCAAACGGAGGAGAACGUUGUCCAGCAGCUACAAUCGCCGCGGUCGGGUGAGCACCCACGUCGCCUCCUUUCAUUUUACAUGGGCGAAAAGGUGUUGAUGGGGAAGAGGAGGAGGAGGUGUUUUGUGCAUGUUUGCAGAAGGAGAGGGUCAUUUUCAUUGCAGGCGCCAACUCGCUGUGCGCCUAGCACUCCCUUCCGGGCAACUUAGUCUGUCCCAAUUUGGGCAUUGAAGUAACCGAGGUUAGAGUUAGCUUCCCUGUCUUCGGCGGACUCGCCAGGAGGGCGUGGGAGUCUUCGUAGAACCUGUUUCACACUUCGACGAGUUUGGUUAUUGGGCGAGCGUGGACCGUGUAUUGAUGCUUACUCGGCUGGUGGUAAACAUUAGUACAUUUUGUCAUAAAGCGAACAAGGUCAUCAAAUAUCUUGCUGUGGGAGGAAGUUCAGUACGUCAAAUGGUUGAGUUAUCAUCAACGAACCAAAAUUAAUAGCCAGUACAGACUAGAAAAUAUACGAUGUCAGUGUCUGAAAACCCCGGUUCUGUUUUCUAUCUAGCGAAAAAUUUUAGAUGCACACGGCAGUGAACGUGAUAGAGGAGGUAACUUUAUAGGAUAAAUGGCCCACAAACGCGCUGAGCAUGUGUCAGUGGAACAAGAUGUUAGGGAUGACAGUCAGAGCAGAGCAUGUCAUUACCUAACUGAUUCUCGCUUAGACAGAGGUGAGAAUGGCCGACCUCCGAAUGCCCGACGAUGAAUGAGGCAUGGAAAGGCGAACCAUCCUGACAAAGAAUAUGGAAUUGUCCUCUGUAGGGAAUGCGCUUCUCUUUCUCUGGUCUCCCUUGGAACUGUCCUGCUUAUUGGUGCCAUUACGGAGGACGGUUGCUUGUUUCCCUUCCACAGUGGUUUAGACGCCAGACCCAGUAAACUACACGUGGCAGGGCUGAGUUCGUUGGACGCAGUAAACAAAUCACAUAGUUUGUUUAUCACCCAAUCCCUGCUUGCGGUAAGGUGUAGUUGCGAUGAGAGUGCAAUAUGGUUGGGUUACUGUGCCGAGUUUCUGAUAGACCAGGGGGACGCUAGUCACUAGCAGAGCGGCCGCAGCAACUACACGAAUGUCGUCCUUCCCUGCGGAAACCGAUAAGAUGUCCCAAUACAUUCCGGGAUCGGUUUGUCUUUGUUGGACUUCUCCAGACCCAUUGCAAUGGCAAGACGACCAACCCAUCUAUGAUCUCAUGGAACACCACCACCACUACUACUAAUACUACUACCACCACUACCACCAGCAUCAUCAGUAAAGACACUCCUGCCAUCUUGCAAAAUAUCACCACGAUUGGCAUAUCAUUAACAGCGUGGACUCAAUUUUAACCUGUUCCCACUGCGACUGCACGUUUAAAGCACGGAUUGGACUGGUUGGUCACUUGCCAAUCGAUCGUGCGAAGACAGAAGAAAUAGUGUCAUGAACUCCGAUAUGCACACUUCGACCCAGUAUGCUUUGUUCACACUGCUCCAGGAUGUUCGACUGUAUUCGGCUAUAUGCCCCUCAAUGAAGGUCUAAGUUAGAAAAACCGCAGUCCGAUUUUGAUCCUCACAUCUCAACCCACCUGAGCACACACAUCUCCUAGGCUAGGAAGGACGCAAAUUCAUAAUAUACACAAGCACAGCCCGCGUAGCGUCAGGCCUUUCUCCCGCAGCAAGCACGAGACCUAACUUGCCAACGCCCGUGUGUCGAGCGAAUCGUCGAGUGCCCCUACUUUCAUGGGCAGCAUGCCCUUUGACGCGGCCUAGUACAGGCAUUGGUGAUCGAGUCGUGUGUGAGGCACGAAUACUUGCCAUUUAACCCUGCAAGCCACUGCGCCCCAUUCGAUUAGCAGUUGGCAGAGUGGCUCGGACAGCCGACUAAUGUAUGAGCGAAGGAAGAAGGAGCGAGGCCUGUACUGGGAAUUCAUCCCCUGGAUACCUCAGUGCAUUCAUUGCUACAGAAAAUCUGACGCGCGUGAAUGUAUCCCUAAACACCAAGAGUCGUGACUUCAAGGACUCCCAACCCACAUCCCAAUUCCAUCUCCAGAGAGCCUCUUGGAAUGACCUCAGAACCCAGAACCAGGCUCAGUGGCUCCUUCUCAAUGCGACCUUCAUGGCCUUCUCAAACGCGUGAAGUCCGAGUCAGAUUCAUGAAGGCGAGGUAAGCGCAUUGGGGGCCAGGUCGUGUGGGGAACGGGCAGACAGACUGUUCGGCCUUGCCAGCCACUGCAUCCUCAUCAACACGCGGCCGCCUUGAUAUUAUCUUGUCGUCGGAGCAAAGCAGGUGAGGGAAGAGAGAAUGCAGUACUUGCUGCGCACAUCUCAAUCGCUAUGAACUAAUUCACGCGAAAGUCACCGACGCUCCGCCCACUCAACGGAGCAUGCACUGGACAUCGUCGUUUGCGACGGUCGAACCGUCAUGUAUCUGUAACGGACUUUAGUGGACAAAGGUACCAGAGUUAACUCCUUCAGGAUGGCAGAGUCUGGUUUGUGCUAGAAGGGGGCAUUCGUACGCCUGUUGUUUCUCUGAUCACCGGAUUCUCGCGUCGCGCUCAAUCAUUGGACUGACUUCCUUUCAGGCGAUGCAUUCCUUUGCUCCAAAUGUAGCAUUCUGUCUCGUCAGGACCAGUGACUACUUUUCUCCAGCACUUUCGCAUAUCUGAUGUCGGCACCUCCUGGCAAGUCGAUUACUCAUUUCCUGAUGUACGAAUGUAUACGUAUGUAUGAAAGUCGGGGUCUAUUCAACGGAUUUGUUUUUGUCUCUCUGCAUUGCUCUGAUGGCGGACACUGCAACCAGUUCCUAAGUAGAAAUUAAUAAUUCAGUCUAUCCUUUUUUCACAUGGGCCUAAAAGUAGCUCAACGACGCCCAAUACGCACUAUAUCUAUUAAAUUUUGUCCGAUGAUUCUACACUCAGCUGCCAGUUGCACUUCACAUGCUCCAACUUGUCUUCUCUAUACUCAAGUAAGACGCAUUAUUUCCAAAUUUUUGGUAUCUCUUAGGCGUCUGUGGUGUUGCUGUCGGUGUAGAUCUCUACGAUGCUUUCGACAAUCGGAGGAGAAACAAGUUCAAUUGGGUCAGUCCGGAAUCGGUAUUCGAGAAAACUAAGUGGCUCGCAGGAAGUGUAGCUUCGCCCACUGGCAAAAGUCUGCGUUUUUGGGUACGUUUAUUUUUAAUAAUUUGAAUGUAAUAAUGGGUGGAGAGGGCGCCCCAAGGUCAUAAACGUGAACUUGUUUAUUGCUAGUGGCCAUUUGCCGAUUCCUGCAAUCUGAAACACUCAACUCUACAGCGAUGACGAUGAGAUUCUAUGAGAUAAAGAGCAGUUCACCUUCUGUAUUAACAUCCCAGACUUUCGCAAAAAAUCUACGGCAUCGGUAACCGCCUUUUGUCCAGUGUAGUCCAUUGAACAACACCAAACUGCGCCACCAUGUCCAAAAAAUGUGCCAAUCCAAAUACCUAUAUCACCGAUUCGCAUUUUUUGAGACGGUCGCAUUCAGAGACCCACAUUCUGAUUCUCCGCUAAACUUAAGGUCAAUGACAAGUGGCAUGUGUCCACUACAUAAAAUUGGAUCCUGGCGAAUGGCUGCCAUUGGACAUCCGGUUGUGGCGGAUUAACCGCAACAGUCCUCAUUCUCCAACAUGCACGUUUUCUGCUCAGUAUGUAUAAACUAUUUCAGUAAUGAGGGUAAUCUGUAAGGUGCGUCUCCAAAUAUCCUUUCCCAUCUCCCAUGUCCACGUAUAUGUCCGUGUUGCGCGACUAAUAUUACUUUAAUCUCCUCUUCUCCUUCUCGCAGUGGAUGCCGACUUCGGUUUGGACCGUUAG